UGAGCGUUUUAUCAGACAAAGUUUUAGCAUAGUGUAUUGCUUGUAAAUUCAGGAAAUUUUUAACAGAUCAUCUCUAUAUCGUAUAUUCAUCAAAUGGAUUCAUUUCCUCGACGAACUUCGUAAUUUCUACUUGCAACCACUUGCCUUAUGCAUGUAGUAAUCCAUACUCUACAAGCUACGCAACGAUUCAAAUGCUUCUUAAGUUCAUUCAAUGUUGACGUAAUUACUUGAUUGCGUAAACAUUUUCUAAACUAACUGUUUAUGAGGGAAUGAAGAACUUGUAUUGCUUCUUCUGUUGUCUUAAAAAAGUGGCAGGUGCCAUUUAACAUAAUUUCUAAUAAUUAUGGAAAAUCAAAAUCACCUUGGUCAAACUUAUCAAACUCAUCAGUCCUUUUGGAAGAAGAAUACACACGCAGUGCCAGGCAGACCGAGUCCAAAACAAGAUGGUAAAGUUGGUAAAAUGGGUGCUACAAUGCUUGUAUCUGGUAAUUUAACCAAUACAGUAUCAGCUAGUGGAAUUACAUCGGGAGGCAGUGGAGGAUCCACAUCGUUUCAAGACUUUCAAGAGAGCGUAGAUGACGCUUGGGACUCGGGAGAUGAUGAAUUCUGUACUGUUUCCGAUGUGAAAAUAUCGAAAAGAGUUAGCCACUCUGCUGCUCUCAGUGUCAUUAAUAGUCAUAGAUCGAGGAAAACAUGUUUAGACUCGGGUGCAAAUUCAAAAUCUUCGCAACGGAUUCAGGAAAUCAUUCCCGAGGAAAAGAAAGCAGAGGCACUCCAAAGAUUAGCUGUUCAACCUCUGCAUUUACGAAAUGCUAAUCUGUCCAUGCAUUGCCAAGUAAAUAACAGUCAACAUUCCAUGGAUGAUACGGAUAUAAAAUAUGGUGCUUCCCCACAGCAUAGACCUACGCAAUUCCCGGGCAGGCCGCAACCGCUUAGACAAACGAAUGCUCCUACCAAAUUUUUUAUACCUUCUAAAGAACAAGACGGCGAAAGUAAAGUAGAUAAAUUUCAAUCUCUUUUGGAAGCUUCUGUAUUAAAUUUAGAUGAAUUAAGGCAGCUAUCAUGGUCAGGUGUACCUGCAAGAUUGCGUUCUGUUACCUGGAGGUUAUUGUCUGAGUAUUUACCAGCUAAUUUAGAACGUAGACAACAUGUAUUGGAACGUAAACGUCUUGAUUACUGGAAUUUAGUAAAACAGUAUUAUGACACUGAGAGGGAUGAAGGAUUUCAAGACACAUAUCGUCAAAUUCACAUUGACAUUCCCAGAAUGUCACCCCUUAUUUCGUUGUUUCAACAGACAACAGUGCAAUUAAUUUUUGAAAGGAUACUUUAUAUUUGGGCAAUUCGUCAUCCUGCUUCUGGAUACGUCCAAGGAAUGAAUGAUCUAGUGACGCCUUUCUUCUUGGUGUUUUUACAAGAAGCAGUCCCUAUAUCAGCAUGGCAGGAUUUAGAAAAUUAUGAUGUCGCGUCUUUACAAAAGGAGCAGAGAAACAUUAUAGAAGCAGAUAGCUUUUGGUGCUUAUCGAAGUUUCUCGACGGUAUUCAGGAUAAUUAUAUCUUUGCUCAAUUAGGCAUUCAGCACAAAGUAAAUCAGUUGAAGGAACUUAUACAAAGAAUCGAUGCGCCGUUACAUCAGCAUCUCCAUAAACACGGUGUAGAUUAUUUACAGUUUUCCUUCCGGUGGAUGAAUAAUUUGUUAACGAGAGAAAUUCCUCUUCAUUGCACGAUUCGCCUGUGGGAUACUUAUUUAGCGGAAUCCGACCGAUUUGCUUCGUUUCAACUUUACGUGUGCGCCGCGUUUCUUCUUCGUUGGAGACGACAUCUACUUCUGCAACCCGACUUUCAAGGACUGAUGUUAAUGCUACAAAACCUGCCUACCCAAAAUUGGACAGAUUCAGAAAUAGGUAUAUUGGUCGCGGAAGCGUAUAAAUUAAAAUUCACAUUUGCCGAUGCUCCCAAUCACCUGCAGGCACACGAUACCAGGUGACCAAAUUACAAUGCG